UGGUUGGCGGUCGGUAGGUCGGUCGGUCGGUCGGUGUGUCGGUGUGUCCUCCAGGUCCUCCUUCGUCGUCGUUCACUCCGAGCCCGUUCGUCCUCUCCUUCGUCUUCCAACUCUUCCUGUGUUUGAGAGUCACUCGUCAGUCCCCGGGACGGACACCUCUUAGCCAAAAAAGGGAACUAGGACAUGGUUCAUCAUGCAGACUGACAAAGGCUGCAAGGCCGUGAGUCGUUGUGAGUCGAUGUGAGUUGUGAGAGGUGAUUGGAACUUGCCCGUGAGUGAGAAUGAGUGCGGAAUGCUUGGCUGCUUCCCGAGAUCCCGAGACCGUGAAGUGAAGUGUACCAUGGGGUCUGCUGCCAUGGUCCAAUCUGUCCUUUGACCAUUCCCCCCUCUAACGGGGGCUCACACAAGAUUUCGCAAAAGGUACCUCAGCCUUUAGAGCUCUUGCGAUGUGUGUAUGAUUUGUCCUCCAGAUAAUGCACGCAUUCAUUCACCCUUCUCCCUUAUGUGUACAAUAUUAGAACGAGAGAGGUCUUCUUCUUAUGAAUCAUUAAUCCCGUCUUCAAUAUACCUCUUGGUGAAAGGAUGGAAGGGAUCAGGUCACCGUCGUACCCCUCCACUGAGUGCUGCAGCCGCCUGGGCGCACCAACCCAAGAAGACAAUCCUCCUUGGCCGUCAAAACAAACAGUUCAACCUCAAGGAUGAAGUCAAAACAUAAGCUGUGUCUAGAGUUUGAGUGACCAAAUCGCCGAGUCUCCCCGCCCCUCCGGCGGACACGCCCCAGAUCUGAGUCCCAGCCUAACCUAGAUCCAUUAUGGUCCGACGCCAGAAGCCCAUGCCGGGCAAGCACAAGGCAGCCGAAUUGCCCAGCUCCAUGUUCAUUCUCUCCGGAACGAAUCCGUUCCGGCGGGCGGCCAUGUGGUUGGUCCGAUGGAUUGCCUUUGAGUGGCUCAUCAUCCUCACCAUUAUUGCCAAUUGUGUGGUCAUGGCUAUGGAUGAGCACUUGCCCCAUCGAGACAAGUCCACCUUGGACCAUAAGUUGGAGGAACUGGAGCCUUGGUUUAUGGGCAUCUUCACCAUGGAGAUGAUUGUCAAGAUCCUCGCAGAUGGGUUCAUUCUUCACAAAGGAAGCUACCUUAGAAAUCCGUGGAACAUCAUGGACUUUAUCGUUGUUGUCUCUGGGUUUUUGCCUUAUUUGAUCCCUGCCUCCGACGAUGGGAAAUCAGGCCCGGAUUUGUCGACACUUCGAACCUUCCGUGUUCUCCGUCCCCUAAAACUAGUCUCAGGAGUGCCAAGUCUCCAAGUUGUGAUGUCUGCCAUUGGAAAAGCCAUUGGUCCACUAGUCAAUAUUGCUCUGCUCUUGCUCUUUGCCAUCAUCAUCUUCGCUAUUAUCGGCUUGGAGUUCUACGCCGGAGCCUUGAACAAGACAUGCUAUGACAUUGAGGACCUGAAUCGAGUGGUGAUGGAAAGCGAAUCAGGCAAUCCGUGUCAUGAUGGCGUCGCCGCCGAUGCUCCCAUAGGUGCCUAUACCUGUAAUCAAGAGGUGUCCAUUUGCCUAGAGAAAUGGGAGGGUCCGAACAGCGGGAUUACCUCUUUCGACAAUAUCGCCUUGGCCAUGCUCACCGUAUUCCAAUGUGUCACCAUGGAAGGGUGGACGCCUAUUUUAUACUGGACCAAUGAUGCCUUAGGCAGUGUUUUCAAUUGGGUAUUCUUCAUUCCACUCAUCGUACUGGGCUCGUUCUUCAUGCUCAAUCUUGUCCUUGGGGUUCUAAGUGGAGAGUUUGCCAAAGAGAAGGAGCGAGUGGAGAGCCGCUCAGGGUUCAUGAAACUGAAAGAACAACAAAGACUUGACAAGGAACUUAAUGGCUAUGUUCAGUGGAUUUGUCGGGCCGAGGAUUUGGUUUUAGCGGAAGAACGAACAUCUGACGAGGAUCGAGCUCGAAUCACAGAGCAAAGAAAGAAAUGGGAAGAGAAAAUCCGAAAAGGCAUGACCACCAUCAAUAAAAACGACAGCGUGGAAACGAACUCAGUAGAUGACGAAGACGAUGGAACCACAAGUGCCGAGACAAACAAACGAGUGCACCGCUCUGAAAAGCGAUUCCGUUUCUUUAUUCGACGCAUCUGCAAGACGUCCUACUGGUUUUGGUUCGUCAUUGCUUUGGUGUUCUUGAACACGUGUACCGUGGCUGUGGAGCACUACAAUCAACCCCUGUGGCUCACCGAAUUCCUUUAUUACGCCGAGUUCCUGUUCCUCUCCGCUUUCAUAUUUGAGAUGUCCAUCCGAAUGUAUGCUUUGGGCGUCACGGCUUUCUUCAACUCCUCGUUCAACCGCUUCGACGUCAUGGUCAUCACGGGCUCGGUCUUGGAGGUGUUCUGGGUCAACUUUCACGAACGAGCGGGCUCGUUUGGCCUUUCGGCCUUGAGAGCCUUGCGUCUACUCCGAGUGUUCAAAGUCACAAAGUAUUGGUCGCGUCUCCGAAACCUGGUGAUUGCCUUGAUGAAUGCCAUUUCCUCUAUUCUCUCGCUCUUGUUCCUGCUCUUCUUGUUCAUCUUCAUCUUUGCUCUACUUGGAAUGCAACUCUUUGGUGGGUCCUUCAAUUUCCCGGAAGGAACGCCCACCUCCAAUUUCAAUACCAUUGUGGCGGCUCUUCUCACGGUGUUCCAGAUUCUCACGGGAGAGGAUUGGAACCAGGUCAUGUACACGGCCAUCAAUUCCAAAGGAGGCCGAGCCAACGGAGGCACCAUCUACAGCUUGUACUUUGUCAUGCUGACACUUUGCGGAGAUUACACUCUUCUCAACGUGUUUUUGGCCAUUGCUUGCGAUUCCCUAGACCAAGCUGCAGCCCUCACCGAAGCCGAGGAGGCCGAAAAAGAGAGACAAAAACAAGCGGCCGAACAAUUGCUGAAUAAAGAUAAAGUCCAGGAAGAGGACAAAUCACCGGAGGAGGAAAUCGAUCCUAUUCGGGCGGCUGAAAUGGCCUUUGAGCGGGCGGCUGAGGCUGCCGCCAGAGCCGCUCUUCAGGCUGAGGAAGAGGAGGAGGAAGAAGAGGAACGCCCAAUCCUUCCUUAUUCGUCAUUUUUCAUUCUGUCUUCCACCAAUCCGUUGCGGAUCUUGGUUCAUUGGAUUGUGACCAAGAAGGUGUUUGAUAUGUUCAUUAUGCUCAUUAUUGUGUUGAGCUCGAUUGCUUUGGCCUCCGAGGAUCCCGUGGAUGAGGAUUCUCCAAGGAACAAGUUCAUGGGCUAUGCCGAUUACUUUUUUACUGCCAUCUUCACUCUGGAGUGCUCGCUCAAAAUUCUGGACCUGGGAUUCAUUCUCCAUCCUGGUGCUUACAUGCGGGACUUUUGGAAUUUCAUGGAUAUCACCGUUGUCACUUGUGCCUUGAUCUCCUUCUACCACACAAUAGCGGGCACGCCCACUGGCCAACGGUUGAAAUCCUUGAAGCUCUUGCGAGUCCUACGUCCAUUGAAGACAAUCAAUCGAAUCCCUCAGCUGAAGGCUGUUUUUGACUGUGUGGUGAUAUCGCUCAAAAAUGUAUUCAAUAUCCUCGUUGUUUAUAUACUUUUCCAAUUUAUCUUCGCUGUUGUUGGAGUGCAAUUGUUCAAUGGAAAAUUCUUCUAUUGCACUGAUGAGAGCAAGGGAACCCCUGAAGAGUGCCAAGGCUAUUUCUACAUUUUCGAAGACCGUCAUCUGCCUCCUUUGGUCUUGGAGCGGAAUUGGGAGAAGAAAUCCUUUCAUUACGAUAACUGCUUCAUGGCCAUGCUCACCUUGUUUGCAGUUCAAACCUCGGAAGGAUGGGUCGCGAUCCUCCAAGAUUCCAUGUCCUCAACUUACGAGGAGGAGGGUCCCAUUCCGUGGUUUCGGGUGGAAAUGUCCAUCUUCUAUAUUGUGUUCUUCAUUGUAUUCCCAUUCUUCUUUGUUAACAUUUUUGUGGCUUUGAUCAUUGUGACGUUUAAUGAGCUUGGCGAAGCUGAAUUGCAAGACGACAUGGACAAGAACCAGAAAUCCUGCAUUGACUUUGCCAUCCAAGCCAAGCCUAUGGAACUUUACGUUCCAGAUGAGACUUCGGGACCACGUUACCACAUAUGGAAGUUGGUCACUUCUGAGCCGUUCGAAAACUUUAUCCUUAUGCUCAUUGUUUGCAACACAAUUUUGCUCAUGCUCAAGUUCCAUGGAGCACCUUUAUACUUCACGGACAUCCUAAGCUAUUUCAAUCUUGUUUUCACCUUGCUCUUCACGGUGGAAUGCAUUUUCAAACUUGUGUCUUUUGGACCAAGGAACUACUUCAAGGACUCUUGGAAUACUUUUGACUUUAUCACCGUGGUCGGAAGUAUCAUCGAUGCCACUAAAAUGGUCUCGGUGGGCUUCUUGAAGCUCUUCCGAGCAGCCCGUCUCAUUAAGCUACUUAGACGGAGUGUCAGCGUCCGAAUUCUUCUCUACACUUUCGUCCAAUCUCUGAAGGCGUUGCCCUAUGUGUGCAUGCUGAUGGGGAUGUUGUUCUUCAUCUAUGCCAUUGUGGGAAUGCAACUUUUUGGCUCCAUGAUGAUUGAUCCAAGCUCGUCUAUCGAGAGGCACAACAACUUUAGACACUUCUUCCAGUCAUUAAUGCUUCUCUUUAGAUGUGCUACUGGGGAAGCUUGGCCAGAUAUCAUGUUGGAUGCCGCUUCCGGCCGGCCUUGCGAUCCCUUGGCCAUUGAACUGAACAAGACCACUGGUUUACCUGCUUGGGAACAAACUUGUGGAAGCUCCUUGACCUAUAUCUACUUUGUGUCCUUCAUCUUCUUGUGCUCCUUCAUUAUGCUCAACUUAUUCGUGGCAGUCAUUAUGGACAACUUUGAUUAUCUGACAAGAGACUCAUCUAUUCUGGGAUCCCAUCAUUUGGGAGAGUUCAUCAAUACGUGGUCCAAUUAUGAUCCCAGUGGAACAGGAAAGAUCCAUUACACAGAAGUAUUCAACAUGCUCAGGGACAUUGAUCCUCCCUUGGGAUUUGGCAAGAAAUGUCCAGAGCGAAUGGCUUACAAGAAACUGAUUCGAAUGAAUAUGCCAAUGGAUAUGGAGGGCAAGGUCAACUUCACCACAACUCUUUUUGCCCUCAUUCGCGAGAACCUCAAGAUCAACGUUCGAGAAUCGAGUGAAAUGGACCAAGCAGACAUUGAGUUGCGCACCACAAUCAUCAAAUGCUGGCCACACACAAAGCGAGAAAAGAUCGAACUCCUUGUUCCAACCUGGAAACAAACUGGAACUGGACACCUAACGGUGGGGAAGCUCUACGGUGGGAUUCUUAUUUACGACAAUUGGAAGAAGACCAAAUUCGGACAAAUCGAAGUUCUUCGGCAACAGGAGGCCGAAAUCCAAGAACUGGAACGAGCAGCCAAAGAAAUUGAACGAGCCAAACUCCGCCAAGAGGCCAUUGACCGAGGAGAAGAUCCAGAUGCUCUAAUUUUCAGCGACGACGACGUCGAAGGCAUCCAUGAGAGUGAUAAGCAGAACAACAAUGCCCAUGAGAGCGAGCAUGUGCCUAAUUUGGAUGAUCCAGAUAAUGCAUAUUACCCUGAAGAGGAGUAUUAUGACGUUCUUGGACGACCUCUGAACCAUCAUGGCGUCAACAAAAUGCCACCCAUACAGGAACACGGCUAUGAGGAUGAAUACGGCUAUGUGGACGAAGGCGAGGGCAAUUGGGGAGGAUGGGACCAGCCUUGGCCUAAUGACUAUGGGCACCAAGAUGCCCCAUACACUCAGUCCUCGGUGCGAAGCCCGAGUUUCAGCAACUUCGAUCCGUACUACCCUCCACGUCCAAACGGGUAUGAACCUGGUCCUCCCCCACCCCCGGCUCCAAUGGAAUCUUGGAACCAACAGACCUCCUAUCCAACUCAACGACCAAAUGGGACAGGUCGGAAGCUACCGCAAACGCCGAAAAUGCCUUCAACCCUGACGAAUCAUCUUCAGGGUCAAUCUCAUUCUCACAAUCACAUAGGGAAUCAAUCCAAUGGGCCUGGUGGUUACCAGGCAAAUAAUUCUCGUGUGCCAAAUCACGUGGACCAGCUGGCCAUGCCUUUGUCCAUGGGCCGAAAACUACCCGCUACGCCAAACAAGCCCAGUUCGCUCUUUGGACAAACUGCUUCCAUGGCCUUUCAUAACUUGACUGAACGGUUCAACAAACCGUCCUCUCUCUCCUUCAGGCCACAUGUCACUGACACUGCCAACGCCAGUCCUAGUUGUGGUUCCUUCAGCUUCCCGAAGCUGAAUGGGUCACCUUCACACCCAUUUCCCAAUCAGUUCAGUGGUUCUGCCGGAUUCAUGGGCAACUUUAGCGGAUUUAGCACCCCAAUGGACACGGUCCUUGACCGAUUUGGACGGACUGGCCCCGCAGCCUUGCACCCUCCAUCCUCGUUUCCCGGUCAACGCAAGCUCCCCUCGUUGGCCCAUUUUGGUCGAUCCAACUCCUUGGGUCGGAAUUUGCCGCCCAUUCCGAGCAAACCGCCCACUUUGGUGAGAAGGCGGACCUUCGAGGAUGAUGAUUACCGGACGGAUUGGAUUUGAUCCUGGCAAAUGCAGGCUGCUUCCUCCAAAAUGAUCCAUGGCAUUCUUGCCCAGAAGCAGCCUGACUAGAUGUGUUGUAGAAUCGUGUUUGUGAUAUUUUCCCCGUUCUCCAAAGAUUCAUACUGUUCAAUUGAAGCGAGUUCUUUGCUUGUUUCUUCCACUUUAUUGGAGGUCCACUCAACGAGAUGACUUGCACGUACCAAACCUAACUUGUCAAUUGCUUUUUCCUUGAACAAAUGUUAUGAUCCACAUGUACGAAACUUGGAUUUCCAUGCCACUCCCCAUUACAUUCUGUGUUGCUCAUUUGGAAUGCACUUUGACCUGUCCUUUGAAAAAGUCAUUGAUGAUGUUUAUCAUUUACCCUGUAAGAAGAGGGAACUUUGGCGCCAAUUUUGAGCUCUCACACUCAUGAUGACAAUCAUCUCUCAAAGUUCUAGAUCCCACUGACAUCCAUUUAUUGCUAUCAAUAGUUUCAUCCUCUACCCUCAUAGUGACAAUCAAUUCCAGACUACUUACUCAUGUCAAGUUAAAUGAUGACGAUGAUUCACCAAUGCAAUAAAAGAUAUACGUUUCAA